AGUAGGUUAGUGCUACAAAUGUAAUCACAUUUUGGAUGAAGAAAGUGCCGCAUUGGCAUUUUAUUACGUGAAUGAAAUGUAUUUUUUUCUCGAGGUUAGCACAACUUUGUUAAAAAAAAAAAAAAGUAGAAAUCUGACAUUUUGGGCUUACUUAAAAAGCGUACUCAGAAAAUGGUCUGAAUCACAUCUCCCAAAUCGCAGGCCAACUACCAAGUUGAUUGGUUGCAUUGAGUCCUCAUCCUGGACACAAGUCUGGUGUGCCCUUCCCAUGCGUCUUGGGCUCUCGAGGUGUGAAUGAAUCUUAUUUUAUGAUGCUGCCUGCUCGCACCUCAACCCAGGAGCUGGAAUCUUUCCCAUGGGACCCCCCGGCCGAGGUGCGAGGCCCUCUCUCAGAGAGUCUCGUGGGGCUCAAAAAAAGGUGCAACCUCGCACCUUCCGCCCCAUAUAUGGAGCGCCCUUUCUGUCUGUCCUCACAUCUGCUCGAUUUUUGCCUUCUGCAGCAGAGCUCAUUGCUUCACUUGAAAACGUCAGACAUGGAGGCUUCAUUCCAGCGCUCCCAGAAACAGGGCAACUUCUCCCAGGAGUCUUUCCUGGAGAAAUCCUACCCGCUCUACGAUCUGGCCUCUGACCCCGGGUACUUCAGCGCAGGUCUGUCCCCCACCUCCUCUGAGGACUCCUUCUCGCCUAACCUGGCCGAUGCCUGGGACUGCUUCUUCGUAAGCUGUCCCGCUCCAGCUCCUGUCAAGAAGUCCCGAUCCAGGUACCCGGGCAAGAAGCGCCAGACGGCCAGCGAGCGGGAGAAGCUGAGGAUGAGGGACCUGACCAAGGCUCUGCACCAUCUGAGGUCUUACCUGCCAGCCUCGGCGGCACCCCAGGGACAGAGCCUCACCAAGAUCGAGACGCUCCGCUUAGCCAUGCGCUACAUCGCCUUCCUCUCGGCCCAGCUGGGCCUCAGCGAGGAGGACCUGGAGCAGAGGAGGAGACCCUCAGGCCAGGCAGAGUCGCCGCAGACCCUCCGACAGUUCCUGGGCCACCAGGAAGCAUCCUGCAACCAGGCUCCCACCGACCAGAUGUUCACCCCACACUAUGACUGUCAAUUUCCAAGCAAGGUGUCCGUCCACGCUCAGCAGUACUGGUUGCCACAGCAACAGCUUCACGACUUCACAGGACAGUGCUGGGAAACAGAGGAACUAAUUUCAUUGCAACAAUGAACUUUACUUUUUUGUUGUAGUUGUUGUUUUUUUUUUUGUAUAACUAAAUGUUUUUGUACAUAUUUAUGCAUAUUUAUUGACUUUUUUACAUUGGGAAUAAACCUAAAUUAUCAUUGCAGAAGUGUCUGAUGUAGUCUUUCUGUUUCUUUUUUUAAUCAUUUUUUUUGUUAAAUAUGAUGAGUGAAGAUAAGCCUGAAACCGAAAUGCUUUCAUCAUGUUUUUCUUCAUUUUAAUGAGUUAGUUCUUGUUCGAAUUUAGUU